GGUCCCGCCACCCGCCCUUCUGUCUCAGCGCAACCGUCCCUCAUUGUCUUAAGCUUCAAGUUAAAUCGGCCGUCUUCUGUCCGUUAUCUUAGGUACAACACCCGGAUCAUCACUACUUGAAGCGUGAGACUAUGUCAUGCGAAGGUCAUCUGCUACCACAGAGCAGUCGAGGCCGCGACGGAUGGGAAGACCCCUCGCUCAUCUCUCCAUCCAUUGGCCACCGACCCAAAGCGGCGCAAAGUCUAUCGUUUGACUGCUCGUGACUGUGCUUCAGGAUCCGGCCAUGGCCAUGAUGUGGGGGCCAGGUGGACACUUUGCGCGUAUAUAUUCAGUCUGAAAGGCCCCAGCUCCCCGUACUCCAACUCUCUCCCGCAGUUUCAGGCUACCUCUGCUAGAAAAGCAAUGUCCCAGCAGGCUGCAAGCACCUCCCGCAUAAACUCCAUCGACCCCUCGCAGCUCGCGCCUAUGCACAAGGUACCGCAGUCGUCCGGCACCGGCGACUUCAAUGUUGUCUUCGUUGGUGCUGGCAACAUCAUGUUCGGCUCAGACGAGGGUCCCUGGAAUCACUCCUUCCGCUUUGAACACAAACUCGGCCCCCGCUUCAAGCUCGUUGCGCUCAUUGAUCCCGCGGUCGAAAACGCAGAGAAGCGGCUACAGCAGAAGCGUGAGACCUUCGUGCGUUCAGCCUAUGAAGAUACCAAGGUCUUCCGCAACCUCGACGAGUUCGUGCAGAAUAUGACGCCCGACAUGGCUCCGCGGGCGAUCGUUGUUGGCUCCCCACCGAUGUUCCGGGGCACAACGAAGACCGGCCGGGACAUCGAGCUGCAGAUCCUGAAAUAUUUUCCUGGUGUCCCACUAUUCAUCGAGAAGCCCGUGGCGACAGGCGCGAGGGAAGAGCUUUCUGAUAUCUUCGAGGUUGCCAGGUCGAUUCAGGCUAGUAGGACCAUCUGCUCGGUUGGGUACAUGCUGCGCUAUCUGCGGGCUACGCAGAUGAUGAAGAAAAUCAUCGAGGAAAAUAACCUGACGGUAAUCGCGACGAUCGCCCGAUUUGCCGCCGCUUACGAGGCCAUCGCCAAGCUUGAUUGGUGGGAUAAGGCGAAGAGUGCCGGACCAAUCAUUGAACAGGCAACGCACUUUUGCGAUCUCUCGCGCUAUUUCGGCGGCGAGGUCGAUAUCUCGACCGUUGUCGCGCAUUCGGUCGAAUGGGAUGACGAGCCCGGGCGGCUGUCGAAGCUACAGAUCGACGAAUCGGUUAUCCCGCCCGAGAAUCGAGUCUCGCGCGCGACGUCUGCCACCUGGAAAUACGUCGGCGGCGCUGUUGGGAGUCUGAACCACCUCACUGCUUUGCAGGGCCACGAUUACAGCUGCGAGCUCGAGAUCUACGCGGACGGCUACCAGCUCAAGCUCGUAAACCCGUACGUCCAGCCAGUUCUGUACAUCCGCCGGCCAGGCAGCGACGCCGAGGAAGUGCACAACUUCGCGGACGACGACCCGUUCUUCUCGGAAGUCUCGGUCUUCGUCGACAACAUCGAGGAUGUCGAAGAUUCGCCAGAGGCGGCGCGGAUUCUCUCGAGCUUCGAAGAUGGUGUGCGGACGUACGAGCUGACGUGGGCCAUCCGCGAGGCCGCAGAGCGCUCGCGGGCAGCGUCGAAGGCGAGGUCCUCGUGAAGACGAGAAGAAUACUCAAACGCAACUGUUCCAUACGUGUAGAGAAGUGAAUAGACCUCGUUCGCUCCGG